AUGUACGAAGUACAUACCCGGCUAUUGUCAGCCCUCGAGAAAGGGGAGGAGGAUGAAGUAACAUCUUCCACUCCUCGACACGUGCUUGUCUCCAUCCUUCCAGCCCGUCGCUACUCGUUUGCCCGAGGGAGUCUACGGCUCUGGGGUCUUGGCAUGGCAUUAAGUUGGCUGUACGGGCCUCGGGAAAGCCGCUCAAACUCCAUCCCGACGGAUGUCAGUCAUCGACAACCCCACGGGGUCGGAGAGCCACGGAGCCUCGAAGCCGAGGAGAAACGUGGGCUCCCUGGGGUGACCGGAACUCGGUCCGAAACGGUCCGGGACUCGGUUUGCUGGACCCGAGAUUUGUUGACGAAGCCCGGAACCCGCGCUAAACUCGAUGAGGCCGCACCCCAGCUGAUAGCUCUGAAGGUUGACCGCCUCAGUCUGGGCGGGACCUUGGAUGGCCCAAGCUCCCUCAACAAUAGCAAGAGCAAGACCGAGCAAGCAUCACUAACCCUCCUCUCCCCCCAGCGUCAACACUCCACCCACGCCACCACCACCACAACCCCCCACCGGCCGGUCAUCACCGCGCCGACCACGCGCACCAUCCCCUUCAUGCAAACCUUCCACCACUCGGCGCCCAAACCCAUCGCCCCAACCUUCAGCACGAUCGACCGGGCCAUCCUGCCGGACCUCUCCUUCGACACCUCCACGCCCAUAGACCCCUACGCGCACAUCCGGGUGCCCCUCCUGCCGGACAACACGUCCCCCUCGCCGCUGCACCCGCGGCAGCCCGAGGCGGCCGACGAGCCGCUGCGGCAGCCCGAGAUCCUGGUCGUCGCCGCCGACCCGUCGCGCGUGCUGCCCGCGGCGCUGACGGAGGUGGAGGGGAUGGGGGUGGAUGGCGUGGAGCUGGGGUUUGUGCAUCUGCUGGGUCGGGAGAAGGAGGCUGAGGAAAGUUAUGAGAUGGGGCCGGGUAUGAUUCGGGAUUUGUGGAGGGGGAUGGUGGAGGAUGUGCUUGGACCCGUGGGGAGGAGUAGUGGUGGCAAGGGGGCUGCGCCUGCUUGA